AUGACGAAGAGACAGACUGCGUGUCGAUGGACCAUAUACGAUGACAAAGAGACGGAUUGCGCAUCGAUGGACCAUACUAUGAUGAAAAGACGGACUGCGUGUCGAUGGACCAUAUACUAUGACGAAGAGGCGGACUGCACGUUGAUGGACCGUAUAAGAUGGCGAAGAGACGGACUGCGUGUUGAUGGACCAUAUACGAUGACGAAGAGACGGACUGCGCGUCUAUGGACCGUAUACUAUGACGAAGAGGCGGACUGCACAUUGAUGGACCGUAUAAGAUGACGAAGAGACGGACUGCGUGUCGAUGGACCAUAUACUAUGACAAAGAGACGGACCGUAUAAGAUGACGGACGUCGAUGGACCAUAUACGAUACUAUGUAUACUAUGACAAAGAGACGGACUGCGCGCCGAUGGACCAUACUAUGAUGAAAAGACAGACGUGUCGAUGGACCAUAUACUAUGACGAAGAGGCGGACUGCACGUUGAUGGACCGUAUAAGAUGCCGAAGAGACGGACUGCGCGCCGAUGGACCGUACUAUGACGAAGAGACGAACUGCAAGUUUUUCUUGAUUUCAAGGGGUAACAGUGUCUUAAAGACAGACUCUCACUCUCUGAUAUUUAAUGUUUGUGUUACUGCAUAUGCUUUGUCAAACAGCUAG